AUGACGGAUUCAACUCUUGUCGUUCACUGCAAGUCGAAAGAUGACGAUCUGGGCGAGCAUGUCAUCAAUGCCGGAGGCAAUUACAACUGGAGCUUUAAAGAGAAUCUUUUGCAAACAACAUUGUUUUGGUGCAAUUUUAGCAGCAAACAUGGCCAAGCUACUGGUGAUGUUUUCUGGCCAGAGCAACAAAGUUGGCUUGCUGAUCAAUGUGUUGGUCAUAACUGCAUUUGGACGGCGGGAGACCAAGGAAUUUCCUUGCAUUAUAAUCCUACCAACACCAACAACUUAAUGUAUCGUUGGAAAUGA